CAUAGCAGCGCUCACAGAGUGAGCUCCAGGACAGGAUCACAACAGACUGCUCUUCAACGGCGACCGGACCCCCGGCAACAUGGAGGGCGUCUGAACCCCAGAGAAAGGCGUGAGGGCGGGUAUUGAUGUUCGUUUCAGAGUCGAUCUCUACACAGAGAGCGUGCGCCGGACAUCCGCGGGUCAGGACGGGGUUAGACGCGACCAGCAUGGACGCAGUGCUGCCCACCGAGGCGGAGCUGACCGAGCCCGGUCCGGGCAAGGAGAGGAGGAGGAGGACCAUACAGUUCACCGUCCCGCCGCCCUCCAGCGCCCCCGCCCAGCUCGACUCGCGACAGGUGGAGAUGAUACGGCGACGAAGGCCCACUCCCGCGACGCUCUUUACGCUGUCCGAUCCUGCGUCUCCAGAGGAGGGGGCUGUGUCUCUUAAGGGAGCACUGAAGGCCAGCCGGAACACCCCAUCAGGCUAUGAACCUCCUUCCCUCAAAGAUGUUCAGAGGAUGGCCCAGGCCCACUUGGAGUCCUGGGCCUCUGUAGAGAAAGAGGAUGGCUCCUCCUCUGAUGGCGAGCCUGAGGAGAUCUCAAAAGAUAUGCGGACGCUGCACUUCCUGCCGACCACAGCCUUGCGUCACCCCAAUGCUGCCCGUCACCAUGGAGACCAGGGGGGCAGUGCCGAUGGAGGGGAGGAUGAGGAGGAUUGACGGAGGAGGACGGGGAGAAGAGACAUGUAGAGGAUAACCUGGCUGGAGGGGGACCAGGACAGGGGGAGGUGUGUGUGUGUGUGUGUGUGUGUGUGUGUGUGUGUGUGUGUGUGUGUGUGUGUGUGUGUGUGUGUGUGUGUAUGUGCGUGUGUGCGUGUGUGCGUGUGUGCGUGUGUGCGUGUGUGUGUGUGUGUGUGUGUGUGUGUGUGUGUGUGUGUGUGUGUGUUUGUAUGUGUGUGUGCAUGUUUGCUUGUUUGUUUGUGUGUAUGGAUGCUGUGUUUUACGUUCAGAAGUUGAAGAGUUCAGAACAGGAUCCGGUUGCAACAAAUCCUGACCACUCAGAGUUCAGCUGCCAAGGACACUAGACAGGAACAUUCCCAUAUUUAAGAGCAUCUCUGUCUCUCUAUCACUCUCUCUCAGCAGUGAGAGGCUGAGCUCUAAAGGAUUUAUAUAACAGGAACAGGUGUUAAAACCCACUCCCUAAGAUUGUUUUUAUACAUUUUCAUCUAGAAGCUUGCUUGGUGUGCAGUGGCUAAGUUUCCCUGCAGUUAUUUCAGUUUGAUAAUGUAAUAAUGGCGUGUGAACAAAUAGAUUUUGGAAAGUAGCCAGGCUGGAUUAAACCAUGUCAAAAUGGAUUAAACCAAUCUACAAACCAAACCGUACCACGCAAAACCGUCCCUGACCGGAUUGCAGCAGACCAAAUCAGAAUGUUUUCUAAUGCAUCACAGCACAUCACUUAUUUUUGGUAUCAUGUUUAUUAUAACGGUUUAUUAUUGUAUGUAGCAUGUUUAAACAUAUCAAUUUUCAUGUAAUCUCUAAUUACUAAUCCCAUGUAUUCAUGUUUAUAAUGGUUAUUGUUAAUAAAAA